AUCACGCCGGGCUGCGUGAGGCGUGUUGGCCGGGACAAGGACACUCAGCGGCGGAAUGACAUUUGUGUAAGUCAGCUAUGUGACGAUAACCGGCUCGUUACCAGCCUUAACCCACCCGUGACCACCGCACACACCCGGACCCGGAGAGGCACCGCGUCCACACCGACUGCAGCCGGGUUUUAUAUGUAAAAGGUUGGAGGUAGAGAGCCUGCUGCUGUAGCUGGGAGUCGUCCAGAGUCACAGUCUGCGUGUCUUUGCCGUGUCGUGCGUGCUGUGGGGCUGAGCUGGUGACUGGGGUUGCCCCUGCCCCUGUGGUGAAUGGCUGUGAGCAGAGGGGGCGUGGCCUUCUGGGUGGGUUGUGUCCGCAGCCAUGGCAGAAGGCAAGCCAUCAGAAGACAGGGCUGGAGUCUCAGUCAGGCAACCGACUGUCAGUGGCUCCGUCAGACGCGCCCCCUGAGCAGUGCAUCAUGGGCUCUGGUGCCCCCCAACAGCCUGAGGUAUCAGAACAUUAAGCAGCCGGCGCUGUCCCACCCGUUCCACCAUGCCAGCCAGCCUCAGACUGGAGCGUACUAUGAGGAAGACUGGGAGGAGUCUCUGAGCGUGUGCGUGCUGGUGCGACAGGGUGACUCAGACGCCCUCCACACCCUGCUGGAGAUCCCUCUGUUUAGUCGCAGUAAAGUAGGAGAGCUCCUCGCUCCGGGGGCUCACAAGUCCUCCGAGUUCUCCUUCCCGCUGACCACGGUGGACGGCAGCAGAGAGGAUGACAUCAGCGUCGACAGCUUCAAGAGAAACAGCGUUGAUGCUGUAAAGAGAGAACACGGCUGCUUCAGGAGCCUGUUUGAAGCUGAGAGGUGUCCGGCGCCGUUCAUGUAUGGCUCUCAGUUCUAUUGUUUUCAUUGCCCAGGCACGGAGCCGCUGCCCGGCAGCAGGCCUGAGUCUGGGCAGGAUUUUGGACUUGACAGUAAGCCUGUGGAGCUGCCGCCGCCGCCCUCCACCUCUCUGUGUAGCCAUAUAGAGAGAGCAGAGGGAGAGCACGCUGACGGAGACAGUGAAGGAGAGGAGAAACUGGCCGUGAUGUAUGAACGACUGAGGAUAGAGCUUCCAAGUUUCUUCAUGAAGAACCACGACUACAGCAUGUACUCUUUGGAUAUGGAAUUCAUCAACGGCCUCUUAAACACAAAGACCAGAGGCCGCACGGUGUACCAGCUGACCCUCUCCCUGUGGCGCCUCCUGUGUCUAUGUUACUACGCCCGGGCUCAGCUGGAGGUGCUGAAGCUCACCAAGCACAUGGAGGACGGGACCAUCAAGGCUCGCUGGAGGAUCAGGGGCCUUCCCUUCUACUCUCUGCUGCUACGCUUCUAUCGCAAAGACAAAUCUCAGCUGUACAGGUCAUAUGAUGCAUUCUCUACCUUUUACAUCGGGCAGGACGGACUCAUUCACUGUCAUAAAGUUGAGAAGGUGAUGCCGGUUCAGCCCCCUGUCCUGCCCAGAGUGACUUCUCUCCUGGCGGGCGCUCUGGUGGCGCUCGGGGUGCAGGAGCACCGACCGGCUCUCAACCUGCUGCCCCUCCUCCUGUCCUCGCGGCGACAGAGCAGAGACUGAGCCUGGUGUGACGCUAGAGGAACAAUGGCCAGUGGAAUCAACAAUGUGUCUAAGGUCCAUGUGACUCUGAAAAGUUUCAUUCAUUCUCAACAUAGGAGCACAUUAAAGAGGAGGGUCAGACCCUCUGUCCUAAAGUCUCACCAUGUUGCCCCUGAAUUAAACACAAAGUCAAGACUUUACACUGCUUUUCCUUUCUCUCAUUUCACUGUAGCUGUGAUGUGAAAUAAUGGAGGUGGUUACUGAACUGGGUUAGCAGGUUCAGGAGUCACAUGACGGUCACCUCUGCCAGUCAGCCGCCAGCUGUUGUUGUAACAGACUCAAAUCUUCAAACAUUACCGACUACACUAAAACCAACCCUUCUUAAAACCCCAAGGUUUUUUUGGUCAGAUACAACUCCUUUAUUCUUAACCUGCACACACCUUUAAUAAACUCGACAUUGCGGAUGUUUCUGAACAGUUUAACAUCUCUCAUGAUGACAGAAGUCUCAGAGAUGCUGGUCUGUGGAGGGCUAUGUGCAGCAGUGCAGAUGGGUAACCUUUAGAUGUGUUCUCGAGCCAAGAGUCCUGGAUUUGAAUCUCAUGUCUGUAGGUUUAAAGAAAAUUCUGGUAAUUUUCAGCCUGGGUCUGAAGCCCCGUCUCCACCAAACCCUUUCAGUCCAGUCCCUUUGGAACCAGCAGUAAGCCUUCAGACAUGGUACCUAGACCCUCGGUGUGUUCAGACAGUCCUCUUAAAUGUGGGCGGGGUUGUUGUCACUCACUGCUCCGUCCAGCACUCGCUGUAUUUCCUCAUCAGCGGUGACACAGAUGGAAGUCUGCACCUGGUUUAUCGUCCACAGAACGAGGCUGCACGCCCACAUUUUCACAACAAAAUAGAACAGGCUGCAGUGAGAGUCUCUCUCCAUGGGAUAUUUCAAAACAGCAGCUUUGUGCAUUUAGUCCUUCUCAGGCAAGCUCAGGGGUUUAGUGUUGCUGUAGCCCACAGGAAGUGAGGAUUAGAAUAUAUGACCUUCACAUAAUCCGCUCCAAAUGAAUCUAUAUUUUUAAAGUCAUUACUAAAAGUGUGUGUCAUAUAAAAACUAAAGUGAUGGUCAAAGUUGUCACAGUGAAAUUUAAGGUGUGCUGAUGGAUUCACGUCAUCAACUCAUGCAUUGAGUAACAUUACAAGUUAACGUUCCACCUUAAAAGUUGCCGGCAGUCGGCCCAGUGAAUGAAGUUAUUUUUUUCUCUUUCAUUUUAUAGUUGUAGUUUACUGAUGUAUGAACAGAGGUUACAUAAAACCAGAGUGAGCGUCCUCUACUGACCAAUCAGACUGCAGGGUUUCUAGCUCCACCUUUUAGUACCAGAUCUGUGUGCUAGGUACCCCAACAGAGGGGGGACCAAACAUGGGGACGCUAAGGAACGCUGCUGUUGGGACCAUCCACAACUUUCACUGUGGAGAUGGAAAAAAAAGUGCACUGAACUGAACUGAACUGAACUGCAGUUCUUGGUGAAAACGGGGCUUUACAGUCACAGCUUUGGACUCAUCUUCUCCAUUGUCAAGUUUGGCUCCAGGAAAGAAGCAGGCUCCUCUCCCAGUAAACUUCAGUUCAACAUCAACCAGAGACCCCUGCGUUAGCUAUUCUAGUGAAUACACAGAGAAACAUUCAAGGCAACUUGCUGACCAACCAAAUGAGCUGCCAGUUUAGCUGAGCUGGCAACUGAAUAGGCAAACCAACACUCUAACCUGAGCUCACGAUUAAAACUGCCGUGUCUUGUUUACACAAACAGAACUAUAAAAACAGAAACUUUGUGGUGUUAGGGAAAGUUACACGCUGGAGCUGUUUCAUGACAAACGAUAGUUGAUGCUCUCACCCAGCACUCCUGUGUUUGUACCUUGGUGAACAAAGGUUUUGAUUUUGAUCUCUGAUGGUCUUGUACCUGGCAGCGUCACUAUGACGACAAGCUGCACCCAGCUGCCGUUGGUCAAGAAAUAGUUUGAGCCCUUAACUCCUCCUGAAACUGCAAAUUGUAAAAACUUAGGAAGUACAGCAUGUUCAUUGGUGAGUGCUCGAUGUGACGGGGCUCAGCUAGCUGCUCUCUCCUGCUCUCAGUCCUCAUGCUAAGCUAGGCUAACUAACUCCAGCUCAGUGGUGAACACACAGACAUGAGAUUGACAUCAGUCAUCUAAUAAGUGCAUCUUCCAAGAUCUCAUAUUGUUGUUUUUUUUUUUUGAAUACUCCACAUCAGUUUGACAGCGGCUUGGUGUGGAUCAGUGAUUGCAGACCUGAGCAGGGCCCAGGGAGCAGCAGCUCAAAGAGGAAACAACUGUUUUCAUCAAAGCUAACUCGCAUGUCGUAAAGCAGCGUGAGAAUGAAACUUGCCACAGUGAGGUUUCCAGUUAUUAGAAGUGCAGCAGUGGAUCCUGUCUGUCCGCCUCCCUCCAUGUAGCGCACACAAAAUACACUCACAUUUAAGAAGGAUAGCCGCAGACCGAUGUGACGAGGCCUCUCAGCACACACCGUGACUUGAACAUCGGCUGUACAUAGACUGAAGCUUGUGACAGAAUCGUUUAUUCUUCCUGGUGAAACUCUUUUGAACAUGUUUGAGUUAUGGGACGACUGUGGUGGAGAGAUGUUGUGGACGUAGAUUAUAGAAGUUAUUUUGAAGGCGUGUUUGUGUGAACCUGCUGCUCUCACAGGUGACGUGUGUGACGGCAGGUGUGAAAGCAGCCUUAUCAGAACGACGUAGAGCUAAAGAGGAUGAGGCAAAUUUUAUUCUGCGCUUAAACAAAUCCCACGUACAGGCUGAAACCAACAAUGUAUCAGUCCGUCUCUCAGCCUCAUGUCCAUCUGACGACAUACUAUGAAUGAAGUGAAAUAAACCGACUACACUGACAUUCACAAAUGAUUCUGUUUUUCGCCCUCACUCCAAAAACACAAUAUUCCUGCAGAGCUGUUUACAUGACUGAUGGAAGUGAAUAUUCCACUGAUUCUCCUGUUUACAUGCAGCUGAGCAUGUUGCAGCUAACGUGCCCUGACAUGUUGUUAUCAUGUCAGAAUGUAGAAGAGUGUAGGGAUGCAUGAUGAUAUCAGCACGUCAUCGGUCACGCCUGAUAUUAGCUUUAAAAUGAACUGUGAGGAUCAGCCAACAUGUUUUUUCUUAGCUUGCACAAAGAAUGAAUGAACAUUAUAAACAAAUCAGGGACGCACGAUGUUGGAUUUCUGCCGAUAUCCCAUGCACGAUGUGAUGUUGCCAAGUAGGACACGCGCCUGCAUCAACAUCCCAGAUUUGUUCCAGGGCCAACAUUGUGAUCAACCAAUCACAGCCCUCUGACAUCAUCAGUGUGCUGCUCCUGUGCCUCUUCAGAGCUAAGAUCGUUUUCCGAAUCGAACAAAAUCCUCAGUAACACUGAACAAAAACCUGAUGAGCUGCUGCAGGGUUAGUGACUUAGCCUGCUAACUAGGUAUGCUAUGCUAACGAGUAAACUUGCCAAUAGGCUAAAAUAUUGUUCACAAACAUUAAGAGUAAUGAUGAUGUCAUUUUGCAGUUGCAAAGAUCUGCGGAAGACACAGGUUCCCUCCUUUUUACUAGCUGAUUCAAAAGGGUUUUUUCCGAGUUGAUCCAGGACCACCAUCAUCAUCAUCAUCAUCAUCGUCUUUAUCCUGCAUAAUUUGUUUAGAUUGAUCCAAGAACAUCAUCACCAUGUGGACUGUGGACAGAGCUGCUUACGUUGAUCCAUGACCAUCAUCAUCGUCACGUUGACCCUGGAUAACUUGUUGAUGUCCACAUAAAUGAUCCAGAAUCAGCGUGAGGAUGAUGAUGAUGAUGAUGAUGAUGACGAUGAUGACGAUGGUUCCGGAAAAGAAAUGUGUUAUUGUGAUUCAUCGGAGUUUUGUGCCAUUCAUAAAUCAAUAAACGUCUAUAUUCAAGCCUUGUAGAUUUUGUUCUUGUAUCUCUGUCGACACUAGAUUAGAAAUUCACCCGUCAGCCCUCCUCCAGUCUCACAGCCAAUCAGAACAGUCGCUCAGACCUGCUUUGUGAAAUGCUAAAAACAAAAAGCUAACGCAUUGUCGUGUUGCCAAGACAAACGUUCCAGAUGACACACUCAGCCCUGUGACACAUGACUGAACAGAGACGUGCUCAGCUGCUCCGUAUGAACACAUGGUUAUAGAUGAUGCAGUGUGUUGAACGCCCCCCUCUGUCCCUUAGAGACGACCUACAUGUGACCAUUAGAGAAACACGUCUGUCUGUCAUUGAUGCUAAACACAGAGGAACGUCUCCGUACAGGAGCAGUUUCUGUUUGAAUUAGUGCGGUUGUACGUGAACAUGUAGCUGUACAUGCUCAGAGUGGGCGCUCAGGCAUUCGAUGUGACUUGACUUUGUUUCACACAGCUUGACGAUAUUUAGCGCUUCUGGAACCUGAGCAAUAAAAGCAUGUUGUUGAGUCUCUGGUUCAUCAGGUGGAGACUCUCUGCUGUGUGUUCAUGACUCAUAUCUGUAGAGUAAAACAUGUCUGGUUCUGUGUUGCUUCUUUUCCACAUGUACUGCUGCAGUAACUCCUGUGUGAAUCCUGCUGUGUGAAUAAAAUAAACUUAUGAGUAACAA